GUAGAAUAGUGUACACAGGGAAGGAGGGACAGGGAUGGAGGGACUACCAGGAACAAGAACUUAAGGAAUUGCGAGCGGGACCAAGGCAAAGCGCUGGGCUUUCUACAACCUCGAAUCAAUUCGUUAUUAGCAACCUCCAAAGUCUCCAAGUCCGCACUGCAAAUAACAGCCAACUCUAGUCUCUCCUCUCCGACUUGUCCUCCAAAACCAACACUGUCCCCGACUUAUACAGUAGUACUGCAAGGGUUUUCGUCCGUAGUAAACAAUUCCCCAUAACUCCUGUUUCCGAUAGCUGUUUCGACACAUCGUUGUAUUAUAUUAAGGUGGACUCUUCCCGGGUUGUUACUAGGAACAAAGUCUUUGAUAGCUCCUUGUCGAUUAGGCGCGCGGGUUUAUAAUUCUCGUCUUUGAACCCUUUUAGACCCUGUUCGACAGAGAGAAAGAGAGCGGAAAAGAAAAAGGAGGGAGGGGUCUGGGAGUUACAAGAAAGAAGCAAAGAGAGUUUUUGAAACGUGGAAACGUGGGAGACGAUAUAACCUAAAUAACGCCACAGUCUCAAAUUGAUUCUUGCUAUUUUGCCUUGCUUUGCUUUAGCAAGCGCCGACGAUGAACUUCGACUCAGGCACCGCCUAUGCGGAAUCCGACGCCGACGAUGAGUACGAGAGGAGCCUCCAUACCAGUUCACCCGUCCUCGCCACCGAUUCUGAGAUCUCCCCGACCGAUUCCGAUGGCCGAUCCUCUACCGAGCACACGCCUACGACCUACGGACAACCCAGUAGCGCCGACAGGUUGCCCGAAACCAUAAUAUCCGAAUGGGACGCCGAUGAGUGUGCCGAUUUUAUUGCUAGUAUAGGAUUACAGCAGUAUUCAGAUCGAUUUCUUGAGAACGAGAUUGUGGGCGAAGCCUUAGUGGCUCUGCUACACGAUGACCUCAAAGCUAUGGGAGUAGCUAGUGUCGGCCACCGCUUAACGAUACUUAAGAGCGUAUAUGAUGUAAAAAAGGCACAGGACGUUCCUAUAGAGAGCGACCACUAUGUACCACUUUCUGCCGAUGCCGAAGCCCAAUACGCUACCGCAACCCUUAAAGACAUCAAAAACCUUGUCGAGCAGCUACGACUUCGAGACGAAAGGAUGAGCUUCCUGGAGCAGGACUUGCGACGGAUGACCGAGGAUUUCAGAAGGCUGCGCGAAGAUAUGCUGCCAGCUUUGCGCCUUGCUAAAGACGCGCAGCAGCCUCUACCACAUGUAUCAAACAACCAAGGAGGCUACGGCUACGAGACUUCUACGGUUUCCCCUCCCGCUCCUACCUCUGCAUCGAAUCAAUCGGCCGGCGGUAUUAAACGUCAAUAUUCCACUAAGAAGAUUGUUCUUGGUACGAAUCCCAAGAGCGUAUCCCCCACUCACUUACAGACCACUCACGAGCGGCCCUCUGUAGAACAAACUCUAGACCCCGCGGGUGCUGCCGAGAGGGCUGUUAUGUCAUCAUCACUUCUGACUGCGAUGAAUGGCUCCGGCCAGGCUACGUCGCCUGGUUAUUCUCCGAAUAUGCCCUCGCCCACCUCACCUCCAAAUCUAGGCAGCGCCACCCUCGGUUCCCGGUCAUACCGCUCUGACGACAGGCAAACGCCAUCUAACCGCACCACCUUCUCGGAAAGUGAAUAUGGCCAUAAUUCUAAGCAACCCAUCGCGCCGCGGCGAGGACAGACACCAGUACCCGAGACUCCAGGCUCGAAUUCUUCAGUGGAGAUCUUUAAGUCGUUUAGGGUUAGUAUGGACGAUCCUUGCUACAAGGUCCUCCCAGCUGCUCUAAAGAAAUAUCAGAUCAACGCGCCAUGGGACCAAUACGCGCUGUAUAUUGUGUAUGGUGACCAAGAACGUUGCCUGGGUCUGCACGAGAAGCCAUUGAUCCUUUUUAAGCAAUUGGACAAGGAAGGAAAGAAACCAAUGUUCAUGUUACGGAAAACCAAUACUGCACAAGCGGACGCCGAAACACCUGGGAGCGCUGGUCUGAAUACAGGCGACUUAACAGGAGUUCAGUAUAAUCCUCCCGGCGGGAUCAUAUGA